AUGCGGCCCUGGCGCGGCAUGAAUGGGCGGGGCGGCGGCGGCGCGCGGCGGCCGGGUAGUAAAGGCUCCGCGGCGCGCGCGGAGGUGCGCGAGCGCCGUCGGCAGCGGGCAGCGCGCGGGGCUCCGCUGCCGCCACCACCACCAUGGUGGCCACGGAGGGGCUGCGGGAGAUGGAGGGCAGCGCGCUGCGGCGGCUGGUGGGCCGCGACGAGGCGGGCUCCGGCGGCGGCGGCCCCGGCCGGUGCCUGGUGCUGGACUGCCGCCCUUUCCUGGCGCACAGCGCCGGCCACAUCCGCGGCGCCCUCAACGUGCGCUGCAACACGAUCGUGCGGCGGCGGGCCAAGGGCGCCGUCAGCCUGGAGCAGAUCCUGCCGGCGGAGGGCGAGGUGCGGGCGCGGCUCCGCGCGGGGCUCUACGCCGCCGUCGUGGUGUACGACGAGCGGAGCCCCCGCGCCGAGGCGCUGCGCGACGACAGCACCGUGGCGCUGGUGGUGCGCGCGCUGCGCCGCGACACGGCGCGCGCCGACAUCCGCCUCCUCGCAGGGGGCUAUGAGCGGUUCUCCUCAGAGUACCCUGAAUUCUGCGCCAAAACCAAGUCGCUGAGCAGUGGGUCGCCCCCCACCAGUGCUGAACCCUUGGAUCUGGGCUGCAGUUCCUGUGGGACCCCACUGCACGACCAGGGCGGACCAGUGGAAAUCCUUCCGUUCCUCUACCUUGGCAGCGCCUACCAUGCUGCUCGGCGGGACAUGCUAGAUGCACUGGGCAUCACGGCCCUGCUGAACGUCUCCUCCGACUGCCCCAACCACUUUGAGGGACACUACCAGUACAAGUGCAUCCCUGUGGAGGAUAACCACAAAGCCGACAUCAGCUCCUGGUUCAUGGAGGCAAUUGAGUACAUUGACUCAGUGAAGGAGUGCUGUGGCCGGGUCCUGGUCCACUGCCAGGCCGGCAUCUCCCGUUCGGCCACCAUCUGCCUGGCCUACCUGAUGAUGAAGAAGCGCGUGAAGCUGGAGGAGGCCUUCGAGUUUGUCAAGCAGCGCCGGAGUAUCAUCUCCCCCAACUUCAGCUUCAUGGGGCAGCUACUGCAGUUUGAGUCGCAGGUCUUGGCCACCUCGUGUGCGGCGGAGGCUGCCAGCCCCUCGGGGACACUGCGGGAGCGGGGCAAGGCCACCUCCACCCCCACCUCCCAGUUUGUCUUCAGCUUCCCAGUUUCCGUGGGGGUCCACGCCACCCCCAGCAGCCUCCCGUACCUGCACAGCCCCAUCACCACGUCACCCAGCUGUUAGCUCAGGGGCCGGGACCAGCCAGGCGGACGGUGCCAAGCAGGGAGAGGGCAGGUGGGCACAGAGCCCCGUGAUGUUAAGCAAUAGUGGCGGACACUGCCAUUCACCCUGGACUCCACGUGGGUCUUUUUCGUAGAGAAAUUUCUUACCUCAUUUUUUUUUUUUUUAAACUUUAUGGAAAAGUUAAGCAGGAAAGUUGUGGAAGCCGCAAACCCUGACAUUGCCCAGGCUCUGGUUAGGGGGAGGAAAAAUAGAAGAACACUGGUUUUCCCCAAGUGCCUGGUCUAAAAUCUCUGUCCGCUCCUACUUGUUUUUACUUUAAGAAAAGGAGAAAAAAAAAUCUAACACCACCUUUCUCUUCCCCACUUCUGCCUCCUGCCUCCUUUGAGUUUUAACAGGGGUUGAAAAGGGAGCAAAUGGUAUUCAUUAAGCACUGCUUUUCCCCCUCACGCAGGAGGUGUUGCGGGGUGUGCGUGGUGCUGGGGAUGCUUAUCCAAGCUGGUUAACGCUGACCAACACGCAUGCUGCAGGCAACCUCAGGGCGAGCAAGACGGGUGGCACGUGCUGGAGCUGGCACUGCUUGAGCCCAGUCCCAGGGCAAGAGCAGCCUCCACUCCCCAGCCCCCAGUCUGAUGCAAGAUGCUGGUUUGUGUGGCUGAUGUACAUAUGAAUGGUUUUAUUUUAUUAUUGUUUCAGUUAUGUGUGUUUUUUGUUUGUUUUUCUUUUUUUUUUUUUUUAGAAAUCAACUUUUUAUUUAUUGCUGGGGUGGGGUGGGGGGAGAACAAACUGUUUGGAGAAAACAAAAAUAAAACAGUUUUCAACA